AUGCUGCCCUUACGAUCGCGCCGCUAUCGAGCGUCGACAUCGGCCUCUACCCUCCAAACCUCCAAGGCCGCCGAGGUGCUUCAGGCACUCCUUGAACGCCUGUCUGGCACGGUGCGGUCUGCACCAGAGGGCUCGUACCCCCAAAUUGAGGAAUUGGUGGACCGGACUCGCCAGGUUCAUCAGCACAUCGCCGCCGCCGCGCCGCCCUCCUCACCACAGGACGACUUCCGCCAUCUUCGCGGUUUCCAGACUCUGCUCGACGUUCUGCGGUCCUUUUCUGGUUUCUACAAUCCGCAUAAGCGCAGGGAGGAUGAGAGGAGGGCGAUAUUUGACUUGUUACAUGUCGUGUUGGCGACACUCUCUGCCGCCUUCCGCGGCCACCCGGGCAACAGGCGAUACUUUCGGGACAGGGUAGAUGGCGGUGGCUGGGAAGCCCUGGAGCAGACCAUCGCCAGCAUCGGUGUGGGAGGCGGCGACUCGGAUCUCUGGACCAACUGCCAGCUGUUCGGGAAGCUGCUCUCCUUCGCCCUGGACGACCAGCGCUUAGACGAGCUAUGUCGCUCGGUGUCCGCUUGGACGGAUACCGACGAACUCCCGGAGCCGCUGGACGGCACUCGCCGGGAGGCAGAGGAUUCCAUAGAAGGACCAUCAUCGCCGAAACACGACACCGCGCCGAGCCUAGAAGCCAUCGAGAAGAGGGUGGGCGAGAUCGUUGGUCCCAACACCGUUCUUCGGAAUGCCGAAAUCAUCCGGGCCGUUGUUGCCUUCUGGGAAUCGAUACCAAGAGGACCGGGUGUCGGGACAAGUCGUGCAUCGAUCUUAGUCUUGUCAACACUGUCAAACCUGGCAUCCGUCUCGCUCUUCAACCUCGAGGCUCUGCAUGGGGCGGGUGUUCUGUCCAGGCUGCUGCGCUUACUUUUUGCUCAGGACAGCGUUCUCACGACGCUUGAGAUGGAGAAAGCACUGCCGCUUUGCAAAUCUCUGAUGCAACUUGGCAUUGGCCAGCUAGCAGACGCGCAGUUCUUGCUGAGCUGCCGGGACCCCGCCACUUCCGAGUUCUGUCUAAGCAUGACAGAGAAGUACGCCGGCCCCCCCUUUAUCCAGUUCGACCUCUCUCUACAUGGCCACUCGUCCAUAGAGCUUGCGAAUCUUGGCAGGUCAUUCCCGCCACAGACAGCUCCCGGGUACACUUUUACUGCCUGGAUCCGGAUCGAUAAGUUUGACCCGAGCUCCCACACAACCCUCUUCGGGGUCUUUGACGCUACCCAGACCUGUUUCCUUCUGGCCUACCUUGAAAAGGACACCAAGAACUUCAUCCUCCAGACAUCAGUCACGUCCUCGCGCCCCAGUGUGAGGUUCAAGUCGGUUGUGUUCAAGGAGCACCAAUGGUACCAUAUUGCCCUAGUUCACCGCAGGCCCAAGACCAUGGUUGCGAGUAAGGCAAGCCUUUACGUCAAUGGGGAGUUCGCCGAGCAGCUCCGCGCUGCCUACCCAAGCCUUCCCCCGGCCCCGCCUACCAACGCCAGCACGGAGAGCUUUGUUUCUUUUUCGUCAAGCAGUAGCAAGACAAACCCUGUGCAGGGCUUCUUGGGGACGCCGCGCGGGCUCGCAGCACAGCUCGGCCCCGGACUUGUUCAUUCCAAAUGGUCUCUGGCUUCGGCGCACUUGUUCGAGGAUGUCCUCAGCGAUGACCUGCUCGCCGUCUACUUUCGUCUGGGACCACGGUAUCAGGGAAAUUUUCAGGAUUGUCUCGGUGGCUUCCAGACUUACGAGGCCUCGGCUGCCCUCGGGCUCCGAAAUGAGGUGUUUCAUCCGGGCAAGGACGAGAACUCGGACAUUCUAAAGGCCAUCAGGGAUAAAGCGAGCAGCAUCGUACCGGAGCAUCGGGUGCUGCUCAGUCACUUUCCGCGGGCUGUCUUUUCGGCGGAUGGGAAGUUCAUGGAUUCUCUGCUCUUUCGUUCGCUGUGUAAGAGCUCGGCCAGCAGCCUCUUCCACUCGACCGUCAAGAGCGGAUCAGCGGUGGCCGUCAACGGAGCUGUGCCCUGCAUCAACGAUGCCCUGAUCAGGUUGAACGGCAUCUCACUUCUCACGGGCGACCCAGUUGCUGCUAACCCCUAUCAUUUUGAUGACAACCUUUGGAGGCUUGGAGGCUUCACGCCUGUGGCCCUCAAGCUCGUCGAGCGGUCGUCCACAGACGAUGAACUGCUCCGCUCCGUCGAGCUCAUGUUCCAUUGCAUCAGCAACAGCUGGAGGAACAGCGAGGCCAUGGAAAGAGACAAGGGUUACGCCAUUCUGAGCAUGCUGCUUCGCGCUAAACUUGGCUUUGGCGUACCGGGCUCGGACACCCAGUCGCAGGCAUGGCGGCUUCCGUUGACUAACGAGGCAAGGGACCGGUUGAGUUUCCAGCUGCUCAGUUUGAUACUCCAAUUUGUUGGCUACAAGCACGCAAACCCGAUCGAGUCCUUCAUCAUUAACCCGCUGGCCUACCGGGUUUUGCUGAUCGACCCCGACACAUGGCGGAGGUCGUCACCCCUGACCCAGGAGCUAUACUACAAACAAUUUGUAACUUUUGCGGUCAAGAGCAAGCAUCACCAGUUCAAUAGCCGCCGGCUCCUCCGAAUGCGGAUCAUUAAGAGGCUUUUGGAUGCGCUGAAGGCCGAGACGGUCUCGGAAGAAAUCAUGCCUCACUUCAUGGCUUCUUUUGAGAGCCUUGUGAAAUGCAAUUACAAUGCCGAGGUUCAUCGCUCCAUUGCUCUUUUCAUCACCUACGCCUUCCACACCGCGCCUGGCUCUCUGCCGCGGACCCCGAAGCCGGCAUCCACAAGCGGUCGAACCGCCGCCUCUAGCCUCGGCGUCUCGCGGAGGCCCACGACAGAGAGCGGCCGUCCUUCCUCUGUGGCGGGCUCGAGAAUGCUCACCAAGAAGGAGGUGGGCAUCAGGAUCCUGGAGAUGUACACCCGGCUCCUGUGUGACAAGUCCGGCCUGGCCAACAUUCGGAAGUUUGCCAAAACCGUGACUAACAAGUGGCUUCUCUAUCUGCUCGCAGAGAACGACCCGGAAAUCGUGGUUCUUGGCUGCAAGAUCCUGGCUCGCCUGCUUGUCACACAGCCAUCCGGCUACACGGCCAAGUUUGCUAGCAAAACUGGCGGUUUCUGGAUCAUGGCCCAUCGCUUGAAGCAAUGGUGGGACAUUGCGACUCUCUGGCCGAUCCUGUUCAGCAUCCUGUUCGGCUAUGACGUGGCCAAUAUCGACUUUGACAAAUCCUUUGAUUUCUUCAGCCUUCUGGAGAUUUUCGGCGACAGCCGCGUCGUGUUUCCGGAUCUCUUGCCCGUCAUAACUGCUAUGCUGCAGCAAGGUCUGCGAGACAUUCUCAGAUAUCAAGAUGACCCAGAUUCCCCCUCCCGCGACCCCAACGCAACAGUUAGUUCCCGAGAGAGUCUCAGUGCUGUUCAGACGAGGCCCAGAGCGCGCUCCAUGGAACUGCGCCAGGCGCUCGAGCCAAGGAGAACGCAGUUGCCUGACAAGGAGAGAGUCACAGCGAACGCUGCAGUCCUUCAGACUGUUGUUCGUUUCUUGUCUGAUAUGCACAACCGUUCAGUCAAUUUCAGGGACUUCGCACUCUCUUCGGACUACGUUCGACACCUUUGUGCCGCCCUGUAUCCAAUCGUCGUCAGUUCCGACCCGGUCACUGCUGAGACGGAAUUAAACUCCAAAGACACGCUCAACUUUGAGGGAGGCGAUGUCAUCAUCAAACCGGUCCCUGGCUCUUCGUCGACUGCGAUUCCAAUCAUCAAAACGGCUAAUUCGGCGCCGUCGGAUACCCAGCCAGCAUCUCAAAGCCCAGGUCGAGGCACCCCUCUCCGCCGACCGUCAUCGUUCAUCCUGGUCACGUCCCAAUCGCCGCCCUCUGCCCCAGCUCCCGCGCGUCUGAGUCUCGCCAUGUCUCCGACGAAGAAACCCACGACUAGGAGUCCCAGCAAUGCUGUCUUGGAAGGCGUUCUGGAGCUUAUCAUUAGCGUGUUCAUCGACCAGAUAAUAGUUAGGAAGGAGUUCCACGGAUUCGGCCUUCUCUCAAAAGUCCCCCCAGGUUUCCAGGAGCACCGUGCCUACUUUGAGACAUACAUUUUGCGGAAUGUCAUUACGCACCUGCAGAAUACCAUCCAGCUUGACCAGAAGGUACUCACAGAACCCAAGACGCUGCAGAACUUGGCGCGUUUGAACCUCCACAUUGCGGAGGCCGUGUUCGAGGGGUCGUUCAUGAAUGGAGCUGAAACAAUGAUCAACUUCACGGGAACAUUGCUGGAAUAUCUCCAGCGGCCUGAUGUCUCGUCGCUCAAGAGCGUCCGAUUGUGCAGUUCUGCUGUUGCGACGAUUCGCUCGACCUUCCUGAAAUGCACGCUGCUCAGACUCUCAGACAUGGGCGACCCCGAAACGAAGGAUUCUGAAGCUCAGUCUACCAUGGACCAGCUCCUCUACUGGCAGGCGGUCCUGCUCGGUUGUUUGUCGAUGGAGGACGAUUACAUGAAACUUCUCUGGUAUCAACUUUACAACAAACUCGUCGGAUCCCGACAAAACAUCCGCCUCGUCGCUGCAAUGCUCUGGCGAAUCAUGCUUGUUCAGAAGCCUGAAGAGUCGGCAGAGAUCUUUCGGCAAAUCAUGACAGCGGAUCAGCGGCCGCUGGCUCGAGGCUUUGAGAAACUGACCGAGCUGGAUGACGCUGCGUUCCUGGAGUGGGUGGACCAACAUCGCCCGUCGCUCGAUGUCCUCUUUUUGGGUGGCAUGUCUAAGUCCUGGGAGGACUUUGUCGGUGCCGAGAAUCAUCGCACAGCGGAGGCUUCCAAGCUGAGGUUGAAGAACAGGAAGGAAAAGUUGAAGCAAUGGCACACCGAAUCGCUGGAGAGGGACAAUAUCCUCCUUCGGCACGAGAUGGCCAACAGCGCGUGGAUGAAGAGCAUCUACUUCACGGAGCAUUUCAAGCAUCAGAGGCUCCUGCAAGAUUUGCAGGACGACAAUGCCUUCCUUGCCUCGACCUUUGCCAAGAUGGAGCGCGACCUAUCUCGGCCAGGCGCCGUAUUCAGCCAGCCACAGACCAUCAAGUGGCAGUUGGACCGAACCGAGGGAAGGAAUCGCAUGCGCCUCAGACUUCUUCCCCAGUAUCCUAGUCCGCAGCAGCAGGAUUUCCAACCCAAGAAGAACAAUGGCGCUGCAGGGAACUCAAGAGCCACUGUGAAUCCCGGUAACCCCUCAACGACACAGGGAACCCGACCCACGACACCAGCACCCGCCCAGUCCACGGACGUCGAGGCUGGUGUCAGUGUAAAUAAUCCCGACAUUUCGGCAGAUGCCGAUCCGGUUUCCGGAGACGCAGACCAACAGAGCGUUGCGCCGGAAGAAGACUUCGAACUGGUGGAUGACCCUAACGAGCCCGAAGGUGAUGAUACCUUUGAGGACAAGAACAGGAAGGUAAUGAGGCGGCUCCAGCAGGGAGAUUCUGUCCUGAAUGUGUUCAACAUCUCGCGAAUCAUUGGCCUCGAUGCCUCUGAGGGUAUCCUGAUCGUCGGAAAGGAGGCCCUCUACAUCAUGGACAAUCUCUUCCAGAGCGCAGACGGAGAGAUUAUCAACGUCUGGCAAGCCCCGCCUGAGGAACGCGAUCCAUUUUCCAUCAUCAUCACCGGCGGCAAGCCCGGCGAGAGGCGACCAAAUCAGGGUCGCACCGACCAGGAGUCGCGCAGUUGGAAAUGGCAGGAUGUGCUCAGCAUAUCGAAGCGGCGGUUCCUGUUCCGCGAUGUCGCCAUUGAGAUCUUCUUCACCGACGGCCGAAGCUACCUCCUGACCGCUAUAAACCCAGCCAUGCGGGAUGAGGUCUAUUCGAGGCUGACAGCCAUGACGCCGCACACCAACAACCCGAGUCUGCUGCCAAACCCGGAGGAUGUCUGGCGCCUCGAAAGCCUUAGGUUCACCGAAGAGGCCCCGCAGACGCUUGGUGCUAAAUUUGGCAGCAUCUUCCAGUCGUCAGCAUGGAACCCCAUGAUGAAGCGAUGGCAGAGGGGGGAGAUAUCCAAUUUCCACUACCUCAUGCUCGUGAACACCAUGGCAGGCCGGACGUUCAAUGACCUUACCCAAUACCCCAUCUUUCCUUGGGUCCUGGCAGACUACACCAGCGAGGAGCUCGACCUCAACAAUCCGGCCUCGUUCAGGGACUUGUCGAAGCCGAUGGGAGCGCAGUCGCCAGGUCGUGCAGCCGACUUUGCUAUGAGAUAUAAGAGUCUUGCCGAGAUCGGCGAAACACCGUUCCAUUACGGGACGCAUUAUUCGUCUGCGAUGAUCGUCUCGUCGUACCUCAUCCGGCUCCCGCCGUUUGUGCAGUCCUUCGUCCUGCUGCAAGGGGGCACGUUUGACCACCCUGACCGAUUGUUCUUCUCCAUCGAGGGCGCUUGGAAUUCGGCCUCCCGCGACAAUGGCUCGGACGUGCGCGAGCUGAUUCCGGAGUUCUUCUACCUUCCGGACUUCCUGACCAACAUCAACGGCUACAAUUUUGGUGUCCGGCAGGGAGACGGAGGCAGAGUGGAUAAUGUCAUUUUGCCGCCGUGGGCCAAGGGCGACCCUAAAAUCUUCAUCGCGAAGAACCGCGAAGCACUGGAGAGCCCGUACGUCAGUCAGCGGUUGCAUCAAUGGAUCGAUCUCGUCUUCGGCUACAAGCAGCGCGGGGAGCAGGCCGUGGAAAACCUGAACGUCUUCCAUCCUCUGUCGUACAAGGGCGCCAGAGACCUUGAUAACAUCACGGAUCCUCAGGAACGGGCUAUCACCACGGGGAUCAUCCACAACUUUGGACAAACUCCGCACCAGGUCUUCACGAAGCCUCAUCCACCAAGGGAGUACGACCGAUGUCCGAUUAAGCGGCUGGACACAUCUGUCGGAGCUCUGACCAGGGUGUCUUACCCACUGCUAGAGAGCCGUGAGCGAGUGGCUUCGCUUACCUAUGUGCCCAAGCUCGAUCGCCUUCUCUGCGCGUCACCGUUCCGCCUCAACCUCCCUCCACACUACGAUAAAUUCCUCGAAUGGGGCUACACCGACAACAGUGUGCGCUUCUUCCUGAGCGAUAAUAGAAAGCCCGCUGGUCUCUUUGAGAACCUACACAUCGGCCAAAUCUCGACGCUCAUCUUCGCCGACUCCAAGACCCUCAUCACGGCCGGUGAGGACUGCGUCGUCUCCGUUUACACGGUCCAGUCCUCCCCAAGCAAACCGCUCGUCGACCUGCAACUCCGCUCCUCCCUUUUCGGGCACAAGACCCCGGUCACGCACAUGGCCGUGUCCAAGGCGUUCAGCACGAUCCUGACCGUCUCCCAGGACGGCGUUGCCUUCCUCUGGGAUCUCAACCGGCUCGAGUUCAUCCGCAAGCUGCCGCUGGUCCGGCCGGGCGUCGAGUGCGCCAAGAUCAACGACGUGACGGGCGACGUGAUGUUGUGCGCGGGCCAGCACGUGCUGCUGUACACGCUCAACGGCGAGCUCAUCCUUGACCAGAACGUCUGCGCGGGGACUCACGAGGCGGCGGCCGAGGACUACGUGCACUCGUGCGCCUUCUACGAAGGGUCCGGCGGGAACGAGUGGCUGGAGAACCAGCUCGUCUUCACGGGCCACAAGAGGGGGGUAGUGAACGUGUGGCGCAAGACGGUGGGCCCGAGGUCGGGCCGGUGGAUGCUCGAGUUCAUGCGCCGGCUGGACCACGUCAAUCUCAAGAGCGAGACGGGCGCCAACAUCGAGGCGGCUAUCACGUGCAUCGCGCCGUUGCCGGGGCUGGUGUACACUGGGGAUGAUGAUGGCCGGGUGUGGGAAUGGAACUUGGUUCAGCGUGAUAGGUAA